AUGCAGUCGAGGCACGAGAUGAUAAUGCGCACACACAGUUUAGAUAUUUCUGACUUGAACGCGGUCUAAAUGUAAAUUAAUAUCUGCAGCUGUUUGAAGAAACUUUUAGUGUUAGUUUAUUUACUUUUAUUUGGAGAAAAUGGCCACUCGUAAACACAGAGGGAUACCUCUUAGCUCGCUCAAUCCUAAAUUUCUUCACACAAACUCGACCAGCCAUACCUGGCCCUUUAGUGCUAUUGCUGAGCUCAUCGAUAAUGCUUAUGACCCAGAUGUUCGUGCAAAGCAGUUCUGGAUAGACUGGACACGCAUAAAAAACCUGGACUGUCUCUCAUUCAUGGAUAAUGGAGCAGGAAUGACCAGAGCCAAAUUGCAUAAGAUGCUCAGCUUUGGUUACAGUGACAAGAAAGCCGUGAGAGACCAUGUUCCAGUCGGUGUCUAUGGCAAUGGCUUUAAAUCAGGUUCCAUGCGAUUGGGGAAAGAUGCCAUUGUCUUCACUAAGACCAGAGACUCAAUGAGUGUAGGCCUGCUCUCACAGUCCUACCUCCAGGCCAUAAAAGCUCAACAAAUCCUGGUGCCUAUUCUCACCUUCAGACGGGAUGGACAAAACAUACCUGAGGAUGCAGCCAGUCUAGAUGCGAUCUUGAGACAUUCACUAUUCAAUACAGAGAAGGAGCUAUUCACUGAGCUGCGUGCCAUCAGUGUUGCCGGACCCACUGGCUCACGCAUCAUUAUCUGGAAUCUGCGCAGGACUACAAAGGGGGAGACAGAAUUCAACUUUGAUGCAGAUAAAUAUGAUAUUCAGAUCCGAGCAAAUGCUAGCGAUAAAACACGCGAGAGUCGAGCCAUGACGCCAGAGAGUGAUUAUUCACUUAGAGCAUAUUGUAGCAUUUUGUAUCUGAAGCCACGUAUGCAAAUCAACAUUCGAGGACAGAAAGUGAAAACCCAGCUCAUCUCCAAGAGUCUUGCUUACAUUGCCAAUGACAACUACAGACCAUCAUUUCUAACCAAACGUAUUCGGAUUACAUUUGGGUUCAACACCAAAAGCAAGGAGCAUUAUGGUAUUAUGAUGUACCACAAAAACCGACUCAUCAAGGCUUAUGAGAAAGUGAGCUGCCAACGCAAGGUAGAGAGAAAAGGUGUUGGAAUCAUUGGUGUGAUUGAAUGCAAUUUCCUUCAACCAACUCACAACAAACAGGACUUUGAUGAUACAGAUAAGUACAGGAAAACCAUGCACAACCUUAGCAUCAAGCUGGAAGAUUACUGGAACGAGAUACGCUACAUGCAGAAGAAAGAGGACCCAAAAUGCACAGUUCCAAUAGAAGAUACAAUAAAAGUUCCGGAUCAAGUCUGGGUACAGUGCGACAGCUGUCUCAAGUGGAGAAGGCUUCCAGAUGGCUUUGACUGCAGCCGGCUGCCUGAGAAAUGGUUCUGCAACAUGAACCAUGACCCACAAUUCAGGAGCUGUCUGGUGGAGGAGGAACUCCAAGAUCAAGAAGAGGAACAGAAGUCAUAUCCAAAAUGCUUCAAACGACAGAAGAGGAACAGUAGGAGUCUACAGUAUGAGCAUGGGCCAGAGGUAUUAGAAAUUCCAGCCCUGGAAGCACCUGUCAAUGCCAGGCAGCUGAAAAAUUCUGCAAACUGGAAGUCGUCGCCUGCUGAUUUGUUCAGUAACAGUGUGACCAGCCUCAGUGUUCUGACACCCACUUCUUAUGCUCAGAGCUCACCAAUGCCUCUGAUUAAUCUCACUGCUCUCUCUGACUCAUUGAAAAGGAUUAAAAGGAAAGACUCUACUGCUGAAGAAACAGCUCCAGCAGUAAAUCCUAUGCCUUGUGCCUCUUUACCCAAUAAUGUCUUGCCCAAAGGUGGUGGCAUAUUCAUUCCCACACAUUCCAGUUUUGCAGCAAACAAAGGAGAGGGCAAAUGGGAUGAGAUGGAAAAUGAGAACAAUGCAAAUACAGACAACAAAGAGAGCUUUAAGACAGCGAGGUGCAAUCUGUAUCAAGAGCCUUUUCAAGAGGAGGAUGAGUGGUACGCUUCUGAGGAAUCACCUAGUACAGAAACCCAGUACUGUACAGCAGAGUCACACUCUAUGGAGGAAGAGGAAGAGGAAUUGUGUGAUAAUAACGAGGAUGAGUGGAGUCUGCAACAGCAGCAGCAGGAUGAGUUGGUGGAGAUGAUGGAGCAGACAGUAGAGGACAAGGAGGUGUGUAGGAAUGAGCUGGAGCUGCUCCGAAAUCACUGCACCGUCCUGGAAGAUGAGAGGAGUCAGCUCCUGAGCAAGCUGGAAAAGAUGGAGGAAGAGAAAGCCAGCUUGUCUUCCCUGUGUGACCAACUAAAGUGCAAAAUGGAAAGGCUGAAAACAGAGAAAGAUGGAAGGCUGAGAGAAAAUGUCCGAAAUGGAGAAGAAAGGCAGAAGCUGAGGAAGCUGCGUAUCAACCUGGGCCACUUGCUGGUCUCCUUCGUUCCCGAUCUCGACCUUCAGCAGGUGGAUUUCAACAGUGACGUAAUUGACAUGCUUCUUGACCAGGUCUUAAAGGAAGUCACUUAAGGUCAAGUCACAGCUGUAUUACAUGUCAGAUUUGCUAUUUCUUCAUGGUCAAGCUCAUGGUUUCAUUGCUGGCUUAGUCAAGGUGAGAUCAUCACUAUAUAAAAAGCAUUUACGAUUGUUGCCCAGCCUAGGAUUAGCAGACAGCAACGCUGGUAAUGGGAUAUGUUUCUAAGUCAGUUUUUACUGCCUGUCACUGUCAUAAUAAAUAAUAGCAAGUAAUUAGCAAGGCAUAAUAAAUGAAUUUUUUUUACAAUGUAUGUAAAGAUUUAUACAUUUGGUUAAUUGAUAUUGUACUGUUUUUAUAUAAUUAUGUACUUUCAUCUGUUGUAUCUCACAUUCUUAAUAUUUACCUCGUUAAAGGUGAAAGUAGUGAUUUAGUGGAAAUUUCUUUGCAAUUAAACACUUUAAAAAAAUCCUUUCAGUGUUAAAUCCAUGCCCGCACACGCACACACACACACACACCUAUGCUACUAAUCAAAUGCUACUACUAGGCGCUUUAUGAUGAGUAACAUGAAUGACAGAUAGGUAAAAACACCUCCUUGUUUAUUUUUCUCCUAUAGAAAUUUUAAUGCACGUUGUGUUUCAGUUACUCGACCAUUGAAUAUGUACUUCAUUUAAGACUGUAACUAUAUGCUAUUAGACAUGUAUGUGUGAGUAAUUCAGAUAUAUUUAAGAGGAAUGAGGGAAUGAAGCCUUGACCUAAGAGAUAAUGAUGGCUGGUAGCAAAAAGGAGUUGAUUGUUUGUGGCAAGUGAAACCUCGCCUGGUGAGAUAAUCAUUUUGAAACUGUAUAAAGAAUGCGCUGAUAGUGUGAGUUCAACAUUUGCUCCAUGGACCGUCUUGGCUUUGUGGUUUUCAAUAAAAUCUACUUUUGGAAUUAAAACUCUGAUACUCUGAAAGCUUCUUUAGGAGAAGAAGAAACUUCUACCACAAUAUCUGGGACUCAUCUAGCAAUCCUCUUAGCUAUGUUAGGAUUAAGACCCCCACGCCUGCACCAUGGAAGCCUCCCAAGCUUUAACUAAAAGUCAACAUCUGACCUUAGCAUCAGUUUACAUCAUCAGAUCCCUGAAACUUCAUCACUUGCCCUCUGUGUCAAAAGACUAGAAGACUUUGUCCCUAUCAUGGGUAUUAAUAGGAGGUUAUGAGGAGACUGAAGUGGUACGUGGGACCGAGUUUGUGUUGCCAAAGUCUUCGGACAGAGUUCUGCUUUGGCAGUGAUGCUGCAUUGCGAGGGUCAGUAAUAAGUUCCUAAGGACUAGCAUGAAUGUUUGGGGGUUAGGGCUAAAAUAACUGCAGCUACUGUUUCUUAAGAGGUUCUAAGUUGAUUAGAUAUACAUUAGGAUUUGGAUAUUUAAACUUAUUAACCUAGUCUAAUACUUUAUUGAUCUGCUCUGACAGAAAUAUGAGUAAAACACACCAGCUAAAAAAUGGCCCUCAUUUUUUGCUUUUUUUGACUAAUUCAGAGUUCAUUCCUUGAGUUAAACAGCAUCGUGUGUAAUGAAGGAAAUCUGUAACCAAAAAGAAAGUCAACAUUUUAAACAUCAAUAUUUUUUUUUCAACUAUGUGCUAUCUAAUUUAUUACGAUUUUUUAAGGUAUCUUU